GUUGGAACACUGUGUUUACACACUCAGACACUUUGAUUGUUUGUUUUUUAGACGGAGUUGACGGACACUGCGAUGGAUGGAGAUCUGACAGCCACAGAGUCUGAUCAAGAUGAAGAAGUUCAGGUACUGGGGAGCCCUGAGGAGGCCCUGCAGCCCCAGAAAGCCAUCAGUGCUCUAAGACGCUCCUUCCUAGAGGGAGGAGGAGGAGCAGACGGAUGUGCGUCAGAGUGGGAGCGACGCCUUGCCUCAUCACCUCUACGACGACUCGAUGACUCCCCCAUGAUAGAGCCGCUGGAACCAGACCAGGUGAGGGCCCAGUGUAAGCCCCGCCUUAUGCUGUCUGAAGCGCACGCCCAUCUCUAG